AACCCGUUUCCAAUAUCGACGCCUGUGUUUACUGCUUAGAUACCAAAGCUCCCACGUUGUAGCAAGCAAUGGUAAUGGGCACGCACAUAGCUAGGCUUGUGCGCAUGCCAAAUCCAUCGUUAUUCCUUGCACUUACUGUUUUUUUAUCAUCAUCGUUAAUGGUGGUCCUCUCGGCCGGUGACCCGGAGGAGAUUGAGCCCCUCUUGACGUUUCGGGACUCGUUUACGGACCCAUCGGGUCUUUCCAAUUGGAAUGCUUCGAUUAGUCCAUGUACAGGAAAGGCAGCAAAUUGGGUUGGCGUUCUUUGCAGCGAGAACGGUAAAGUUCUGGGUUUGCAACUUGAGAACAUGGGUCUAUCAGGGGUGGUGAAUAUUGAAAGUCUUGACCCAUUGGAGGACUUGCGCACUAUAAGUCUUAUGAACAAUAACUUUGAAGGCAAAAUGCCUGAGAUGAAGCAGCUAAGGAGAUUGCAGGCUUUGUUCUUAUCGAAUAAUCAUUUUUCUGGGGAGAUUCCUGAUGAUAUAUUUGAUGGGAUGAAAUCGUUGAGGAAAGUGUUUUUGGCAAAUAAUCUUUUUAGUGGUAAAAUUCCUUUAUCGCUAACUAAAUUGCCUAAGCUAGCAAUUCUGAAAUUGGAGGGGAACGAAUUUAGUGGCCCGGUGCCUGAAUUUACCGGGAACGAAUUGAAGAUGGUGAACUUGGCUAACAACCAAUUUGAGGGUCCUAUUCCUAAAAGCUUAAGCAAAAUGGCUGCCCAUUUUUUCUCAGGGAACAAAAAUCUAUGCGGACCACCUCUCAAAGAAUGCGGUAAUCUCAGCCCUCCGCUGCCCGGCUCUCCGCCUAGCUCCCCGCCUACCCCUCUGCCACCCAUAAUUAAAAAGUCAUCAACUGGUCUAAAGAUUGCUCUUAUUGUGGUAUCUGUAGCUUUAGUACUGGUUAUUUUAUUACUCAUCCUCUUUCUCCUACGGCGGAGAGGACAAUAUAAAACAUCGGAGGAGGAAGCAUUCGUUGUCGAGUCAUAUAGGCCGCCGCCAUCACCUUCGGUCGAAAAGGAAAAGAAAGCUCCACAGCCAACUCUAGCUCCCAAUGUGAAAAGGACUGAAUUGAUAUUCUUGAAAGAUGAUGUCCAAAGGUUCGACUUGCAAGAUCUAUUGAAAGCCUCGGCUGAGAUUCUGGGUAGUGGGAAUUUCGGAGCUUCGUACAAGGCCAUGAUAGGGCAAGGUGAAGUGGUGGUGGUGAAGAACUAUAAGCAAAUGAAUAACGUGGGGAAGGAAGAAUUUAACGAGCAUAUGAGACGAUUAGGAAGGUUGAACCAUCAGAACUUGCACCCUUUAUUGGCUUAUUACUAUAGGAAAGAGGAAAAACUAUUGGUUACCAGCUUCAUGGUUGAUGGUAGCGUGGCUAGUCAUCUUCAUGCCAACCGUUCCUGUGAUAAUCCGGGUCUUGAUUGGCCGACUCGGUUGAAUAUCAUAAAAGGAGUUACCAAGGGUUUGAAUUAUCUCUACAACCAGCUGCCUACCAUAGUUGUUCCGCAUGGGCAUUUGAAAUCUUCCAACGUGCUUUUGGACAAGAACUUUGAGCCUCUCUUGUGUGACUAUGCUUUAAGAUCAUUGAUAAACCAGGAUCAGGCUCACAAGUUGAUGACAGCGUACAAAUCACCGGAGUACGACAAGACUGGUCGCAUAAGCAGGAAAACCGACGUGUGGUGCCUAGGCAUACUCAUCCUCGAGAUCUUAACCGGUAGGUUUCCAGAGAACUACCUAACAGCCAGUUACGAUAGUAACAUGAAUUUAGCCACAUGGGUGAAUAAGAUGGUUAAGGACAAGAAGAUCAGUGACGUGUUCGACAAGGAAAUGAAAGGAGCGAAGAACUGUAAAGACGAAAUGAUAAACGUGUUGAAUAUCGGGUUAAGUUGUUGCAAUGAGGAUUCGGAGGCAAGACCCGAGUUGAAGGAAGUGUUGAAAGAGAUUGAAGGGUUGAAAGCCGGAGACGACCACGACUACGACGACGAAGACUCGUCUUCAACCAUAGGUGAAGUGAACGUGAUUAUAUCCCGGAAACAUAAACAUAGUAAAGUGAAGGGUGAUUCUUCGUCCUUUAAUCGUUGAGCUUUACAGAUUCAAGGGGGUGAAAAAGAUGCGAAUGUAAGGAAACCAAAUGUCCCGGCUAUGUCU